CGCAAUGCGAGGAAAUGAGGACGUUGACGUAGAUUUCGAUCAAUGAAAACAAUGUAGAUGUGGCACCGUUGAAGAGCAGUUUGCACAAGAAAACAACAUUUACGGUGUUACUUAACUAUACCUCAAGUGAAGGCAGCUCCCAUGUCACAAUGAAGGCAGCUAGAAGCAACAUGUUGGGUACUGGAAUAUCCAACAACAAGGUCAAAUAUUCACGACUGGCUGCUGAUGACGACGGUUACAUAGACUUACAGUUCAAGAGAAGCCCUCCAAAGGUCCCGUACAAGGCGAUUGCACUGGCAACAUUUCUGUUUUUGAUUGGCUCCUUACUGAUAAUCUUUGGUGGUCUCCUUCUGUCAGGAACCAUAAAGGUCGAGCAUCCAGAUCGCACCAUUCCUGUCAUCAUCAUAGGCCUGCUCGUUUUCCUUCCUGGAUUUUACCAUUUGAGAAUCGCCUACUAUGCUGCCAAAGGUUACCGGGGUUACUCUUAUGAAGACAUCCCAGAUUUUGGCGACUGAGCCAAAUCACUGUCGACAAUUGGCGGAGAAUCCCUUCCUGUUGCCAUGCUGUGUGUCCUGAGACUGUUGCCUGCUGUUUACUUUGAGUUUCUGAAUGUAUGUAACAUAAAACCUUUAUUACUGCCUGCCAUGCAUAGUCAUGUUUGUUCACAGGUGCAACGGACAGGAUUUUAACUGUUUUGCUGAUUUAAAAAAAAAAGAAAAGUGUUGUUCAUUUGGUCCUCUUUGCUGUAUUAUACUGCACAGAAAAGCGUGACGAACCUAAGAGGCUUUAUAUAUCGACAAAAAAACACUUAUAGUGUUUGUAAUGAGUAGAGGAUGUCAGACGAUAGCCUAUGCUUGUUUGCAACAGUACAGCCAAUACAAAACAUGAUAGCAAACUUUGGAUGAGCAUUUUUUUUACUACAUAGAUGCCUUUAACUUACUACUGCUUGAAAGUCCAUGAUUUGGACAACUGGGAAUCUUUGCAUGCUUGCACAGCUCUUGAAUAGUGUAUCUUAAACAAAUAUUUAAUUGUGACUAUAAUCUAUAUGAUAUCAUGAAAAGUUCUGUAUUUCUCCGAAAGGUAUAUAUUUACAGUACUAUCCAAAUAUUGAUUACUUUGUCGAAGAACAGUGUAUUUUUGAAUGGAAUGUUUUUACUUCCUGUAUGAAGUAUUGCUGUUUGUGCAUAUUCAUUUGAUUUUAAAUAUCAAAGAAAGAAUGUAUUUUUGCAUAUAUUCAGCUUGAUUGAAGAAAAAAAUAAAAAUUGAAAUGUGAUCUAG